UUAUUUUUUUAUUUUCCAUCAGCCCAAAGAAGAAGGAGGAGGAGGCGGAGAAGAAGCAACAGAGAAGCAGGCAGUUUUUUCUGCGGCUGCUUGCUUGCGAUGUGGUUUUUCUGCUGGGGAGUUUCCUGAGCCCGGACUAGCCUUCCUCCCUAGCCUGGCCGGCUGCGGGGCAGACGGAGGAAGCGCGCCCCGUGGAUGCCACCCAGCGCAAGGGGCUCCCAGCAAGGCGAGGCUUCUUCCCGCCGCACAAUGAAGGGGGCAGCCAGAUCAUGGGGAGUAGCGGCCAAACCGGGGAGCCACGUCACCGACCGAGGAGGAAAACCAGCGCCUGCCGCCACGGGCGGGAUGAGACCCUCCAAAUCUUCUACCUCGCUGGCGUUCGACUCGCGGCUGAGCAAGCUGAAGAGAGCCAGCAGUGAAGACAUGCUGGCCAAGCCGGGACUUGUCACCCCCUCGGGAGGCUCCAGGCUGAAGAAGACCAUCACCACGGGGGCCAUCUCGGAGCUGGCCGAGAAUCGCCUGAGACCCUGCCCAGGUCCCGCCCCGUCCUCGAAGCGCACGGGGAUCCCUGCGCCGCGGGAGCUGCCGAGCGCCGUUGCCCGAGAAAAGGCGGUCCUAAGACCCAGGAAAGCUCAGCCCAGUCCGACGUCUUCUGGGGCACCCACCCCCACCAAGCAUUCUCGGCCGUCCCUCAAGCCCAAGAAUGAGGCGGAAGUUGGCGACAAGGCGGGCCUGGCGUCCCAAGUCAAGGAGCUGCUGGCCGAGGCCAAGACGAAAGACUCGGAGAUCACGAAACUCCGUAACGAGCUGAAGAAGCGUCAAGACAAGGAGUUGGCCAACCUCCCUGGUUUGGUGGAGGCGGCGGUGGAUGGUCUUCCAUCCGAGGUGGAGUCCUUCAUCCAGGCCCUCCAGGAGAAGAACAAGACCUUCCAAAGGGAUCUUCUCCACCUUGGCGAGGAGAACCGACUCUUGAAGGAGAAGCUAAACCAACGGGAACAUUCGCCCCUCUCGGACACCAGCAGCAGCCUGCCCACCCCGACCACGCAGGAGUCCAGUUUUGGCAGCCCGACUCAACCGUCCCUUUGCAGCAACCCCACCAGCGGCAGCCCCUGUGUCAACGGGCCGCCGCUGCGCAACUCAGGGUCAUCCAGCAGCGAUGUGACCAAAGCGUCCUUGUCCCCCGACGCCUCGGAUUUCGAGCACAUCGUGGACGUCCCCUCCAGGCCUCCGUCCACCGGCAGCAACGUCUUCAAGAGCUCGAGAUGCUCCACCUCGGGGAGCUCGCCCAACAAUGCCAGCGACCUCUCGGUGGCCUCUCUCACCGAGCGGAUCCAGCGGAUGGAGGAGAAUCACCACUGCACGGCGGAGGAGCUGCAGGCCACCCUGCAGGAGCUGUCUGACCAGCAACAGGUGGUUCAGGAGCUGACGGCGGAAAACGAGAAGCUGGCCGAAGAGAAGGCCAUGCUGGAGAGGUCCUUCUGCCAACACCGGGAGCGAGCCGAGCAGCUGAGCCAAGAGAACGAGAAGCUGACCGCCCUCCUGCAGGAUCGCCCAAAAAUGGACGAGAGCAAAGCCAAGGUUCACGAGCUGGAGCUGAGAUGCGCCGAGCUGCAGGAGAAGGCCCAGUUUGAGCGCGAGAAGAUGCUCAACAUCCAACAGCAGCUGACCAGCAGUUUGAGGAGCCUGGAGAGGGAACAUCAAGAGGCCCAAGUGGCGGUCAAGAACCUGGGAGAGGAAGCCAAGCGGCUGGGCGGCCAACUGGAGACCGAACGGCUGAACAACGGCAGCUUAGCGAGGACCCUGGAAGACUGCAAGGUCCAGCUGGAAGGUUUAAAGAUCGAGAGCGAGUCGCUGCGGUCCCAGCUAGACAGCGAGAAGCGGAAAUCGGCCGCUAUGGAUGCCAUGGAGCAGGCGGCCGGCCGCUCGGACGUGCACGAGGUGCUGCGUGGGAUCCGAGCCGAGCGAGACCAGUUGGAACGAUCCUGCACGGAGCUGCGGCAGGAGCUGCUGAAGGCCCACAGCGAGGUGAAGACGCUGCAAGGGCAGCUGGCCAAGGUGGAGAAGGAAGGGGAGGAGCUGAAGGCGACGUGCGCGGGGCAGGCGGAGCAGCUGACUCAGACGGCCCUGAGGCUGCAGGAGAAAAACGCGGAAAGCGAAGCGGAGCUGAAGAACCUGAAGGAGGCCAUCUUCGAGCUGGAGGACCAGGUGGAGCAGCACCGGGCCGUCAAACUGCACGACGACCAGAUCAUCGGCGACCUGGAGAAUAACCUGCUCAAGUUGGAAGAUCAGAAGCUGGAACUGGAGAGACAACUGAAGAUGCUGAAUAAACAAAUUAAGGAGGAGACGGAGGAAUGGCACCGCUUCCAAGCCGACCUGCAGACCGCCGUGGUCGUGGCCAACGACAUCAAAUGCGAGGUGCAGCAAGAACUGCGCGCCGUCAAACGGCGCCUCCUGGAGGAGGAGGACAAAACUGCACGGUUGCAGAAGGAACUGGAGGAAGUCCAAGGAGGAAGCAGCCGGUUGGCACCGGACUCCAUCAACGGUACGGAGAUAGAAGCCAGCAAUCACUGGCCGGGGGUCGCAGUCAGUCGUCUUUCGCCAACCCCGCCGGAGUCGCUGGCCACCGUCAAAUCGCUGAUCAAGUCUUUUGAUUUGGGGUGCUCAGGAAGUACCGGGCAAAGCGUGCCCAUCCACAAGGUCUGCCGGAGUCCUCUCAGCAACAUCCCCACCCGGACGGCUCCUGCGGCUGCUGUGUCGCCCAUCCAGCGACAUUCCACAUUUACCAACCCCAAAUCGGGUGGGAAAACUUUAUCCAAGCACACGGAUCUUCUGGAACUCCCUUUGGGUGAUCUGCUCAAAGGGAGGAAUGAGGAGAUGAAACCGGACCCUUUCCUGCGCAAGAGCCCCUCCCUCGAAUCGCUCAGCAAGCCCCCCACCCUGGCCUUCGCGGGAAGGAUCUUCACUUCCACGCCCAGCGGCUUGAAACCGCCCAGCAAACUCAGUGUGGAAAGGAAGGAUCCGCUGGCUGCGUUGGCGAGGGAAUAUGGCGGCUCGAAACGGAACGCGCUCCUGAAAUGGUGUCAGAAGAAAACCGAGGGGUACCCAAAUAUCGACAUCACCAACUUCAGCAGCAGUUGGAGUGACGGCCUGGCUUUCUGCGCCCUCUUACACACCUACCUGCCGGCUCACAUCCCUUAUCAAGAGCUCAACAGCCAAGACAAGAAAAAAAACCUCCUCCUGGCGUUCCAAGCGGCGGAAAGCGUUGGGAUCAAACCCAGUUUGGAGCUGAGCGAAAUCAUGUACACGGAUCGUCCAGACUGGCAAAGCGUGAUGCAAUACGUGGCACAGAUUUACAAAUAUUUUGAGACUUGAGGAAGAGGAGAAGAAGAGGCGGAGGAAGAGGAGAGGAGAAGUAUGAGCCACUGAACAAAUACCACCGAAGAAGCACUCAAUCACUUUAAAAGAGCCCCCCUUUUUUUCAGUUGAUUCCUGGUCGGCAAAGGACUGCCCGUGCCAGAUGCCAAGAUGUGCGAAGGUGGCAGAGUGCGCCUCUUCUUGGCUGGAAACUUUUACAAGGGCCAGAUGCCCGACCGUGCCAAAUAGAAAACAGAUACUCAAAGCCAAGAGGCCAACUUUGGCGCACAAGGACUCUGCACGUCACAUAAAAACAAUUCUCAUUAUUUUUCCUCCCACGCACACUAAACAGGGCUCCCAUUUUGCCCUGUCCUGCUGGGUCUCUCUUCUUUGUUCAGAAAACAAACGAACAGCCACCAGGAGCCGGGAACUCUGCAGAAGCGCAGGAACACCCUUGCCAGCCAUACUAAAAACAUCUUUCUGAAGGUUUCAAAUGCCACCAGCCUGGACCCACAGUUUACAUCUGGAUUAGAUUACAUCUAACGAGAUCUAAGGAAUGGCUCGGAGGGGGGGUUCGUUUUAAGAUGGCCCAGCCAAUCUGGAUUGACUCCUCUGCAGUGGCGUAUUCCCCCUGGGGGGGGGGUCUGUAAAAGUGGUGGAAGAGGGUAUCCAACCUAAGCAACGAAGACAAGACAUGGUCUAGUGCCGUAGUGGUGAACCUAUGGCAUGUGUGCCACAGGUGACACACGGAGCCAUAUUGGUGGGCACGUGAGCUCAACUCUGGAUCGCAUGUGCGCGCCGGCCAGCUGAUUUUCGGGCCUUCUGUGUCCAUCAGAAGUCACCGAACAGGUCAUUUCUGGCCUCUGGAGGGCCUCCUAGGGAUGGGGAAGGCGGUUUUCGCUCUCCCCAGACUCCUAGAAAGGCUCUGGAGCCUGCGGAGAGCGAAAAACAGGCCUACCGGGCCCACCGGGCCAUCAUGUGCCAAAAGCGGGGGCCGCGCGGGAGGGUGUCACGCACACAUGCACGGGGGGGCAUAGAAUUAUGGGUGUGGGCAUGCAUGCAUACGACACACACACCCCGCGCUCUCCCCGCUCUUGGCACACAAUAGCAAAAAAUUUAGCCAUCACUGAUUUAGUGUUUCUUCCCAACGAUGACACGAACGGGUUGCAGUUCUCAAAUUCUCCUUUUUGUGCAAUUGUUGUGUGGAUGGAAGGCCCCGUGGAAAUGGUGUUUGUAGACCCCGAGCAACGGGAAGAACUGGGAGGAGAUGCAGGGCUGGGCUCUUCAACUAGGGUUGCCAUGUCUUUUCGCCAGCCGGCGCUCCUCUGCUGUUCGUUGCUGGAUUCCGCCAGGCUGAAAUUCAUUCAGCAGUGUUUGUCCUUUGCAAGGCCGCUGGUGAAGAGAUGGGUAAACGUGUUGCACGCCGAACACCUCCGCGGCGUGCAACUGGUAAAAAGCCCAGGAGCAAAUUCAGAAAAUGUUGGUGAUUCCUAAAUUUAGGAUCCCUGUGAUUUAGGGAGCCCGGAGUCUUCCGUCUGACACUUGGAGAGUCGUCGGCUUCAUUAAUAAUAAGAGUUUGGCUGAUUUAUGUCAGUGUCCGGCUGAGUGCGCUUCAGCUGUCUGGUGUGAUUGAGAACGUCGGAAUCAAUCAAGGGACUCUCUGCCACUUUUCAGUGCCCUUUAAGGAUGGCUUGGUGGUGUCGUCUGGAUGGGAGUCUUAAGAUUUGAGCCAAGAUAGACGUGCCAGUCCUGUCGACCACCAUCGGCGUCUCGGAAUGGGUGGAACGUAGAAAGAGCAACAUCAAAGUUGUCAAAAGUAGUACGCUGUCUGGAUGGAAAAACACGUAGGGUGUCUUUGCGUUUCAGGAUCUCCCUCAAGUAAAAAGAUGGCAGCAACUGGAGUUGUGGAAAGGCACACAACGCUGUGGGGGACUCCCGGUAGCCAUCGGUGGUGAUGUUGUCAUGUUGCGAGCAAAUGCUAAUGCGGGUUCCUUCCUGCCGUGCAACUGGAAUCAUUUGGAGAUGGGAACAGGGAUGUAAACGAGGGAGCUUCGGAAGCCAGCGAGCUGGUCUCAGUGAGGUCUUGCAGUCACAUACACACACACGUACGCACACACCAUCCCUGUUGUUAAAGGGGAACAGUUGUUGUGUAGAAGUUCUGCUCUGUGCACCUCGUUCGCAUCUCCUCCACUGUCUACAUGAGCUCAGUCCUGGGUCCCUCCUUUGUCCCAGAUGCUGAUGAGGUGGGUAGAAUUGGAGGGCGGGCGUGGCCGAGGUCCUUGAGAUAAACUUGGGGAAUGUUGGCUUGUCUGAACUAGAAGAAGUGAACCCCAGGGGUCUCGGGAUCACCACCAUCUUUCCUGUAGCAAAUGGUACACUUUGGAAGUGAGCACGCGCAGCAGAUUCAAUACGGUCGAGAAAGUUAGUUUUGCGCAGCGGGGAAGUACUCCAGGACAUUUUGUGACGGAUGGGUGCCAAUGGGGCAGGGGUGAUGCAUGGGCCAGUGCCACGAGUGUGCCCCCCCAAGCUUGGAGGGGGACGGUCUUGUGCAGGGGGAGGAGUUCCGGGCAUAAAAGGUAGAAAACGCAAGCGAGAAAGUGGUUAAAGUUGAGAAGGUUUGAGGUGGACCCUCGGUGGUUGCAAAAAUGUAGGUUGGCAUCGCUGGAUGAGGUCAGAGGUCAGGGGUGGGAAGGCGGGUGGGCAGAGUAGCCAUCCAAAAGGAAGCAAAGGUGCCACUUAAGGGAAUUUGCACGUGCCUUAAAGAAAGGGAAGCGUGGCUGUGCCGGAACCGGCUGUCCGGUUGGAGAAAUGUAGAACCAGAGGGUACGGGACCGCAAAAUUGCUCCGCGCUUGUUUUUUCCGAGUUUUGUCUGAUUUGAGUUUCCCUCUCUCCUCCAAAGGAACCUUAGAACUGCAAGGGUCCCCCAAAGUAAUCUAGUCCACCCCUCACCCCCAAAUCAUUUUAGAUAGAUGGCUCUCCGGCUUUGAUUUGCAGAUCUCUGUGGACGGGUUUUUGCUGGCAACCUCAGGAAAGGGCUAUCUUUUCUUUCACAGGACAUCUUCACGAUUGCGGCCAGACUCUCCUUGCUCCCACCUCUUGAGGACUAGUAGCUUAAGAGAAUGCUUUAAGAAAAAUACAGGAUUCACUACCCCAGGGCUGGGCUAAACCACCUUUCUGGGACCACCCCAAGAUUAAUGGGGUUCGCCGUCCCGCAGGAGGGCUUAUCUUUUUUUUGAACAAGCCAGAAAAAUGUAGAAGGUUGCUUCUUCCAAGCAACCAGCUAGAAGCCAUGAUUAGUUUCCAGAAUUGUAAACCAGUUAAAAGAAGCUGGUUAGUCCUAGGAGAGCUCCCCUUCCCCUUUCUCCUUGGUCACUAAAUUGAUUCCUUUAUUUCAUUUGUUCGAUUUGUAUAGCUUCCCCUCCGAAUGUCUCUGGGCGGCUGUAAGAAGAGAGAACGUUAAUUUUUGUCUUUUCACGACUACCUCUUUUUCCCAACCCAGAUUUAGGGCACGUCCCGGGUGUUUCUGUGCAAAACAUGCUUCAGGGAUUCUGUGUCGGUGUUUUGCACGCCCGGAUCCAGAAGUUGCCUCGCCUUAGGGUCAAAUUAGGAUACGCUCACUGCUCGCCACUGCAUCCUUGCAGAACCGACAAGACAAGAUGGCGGCCACUGCCUGCAAUCCAAGCCCCGCGUCGCAAUACAAAAAGGGGCGGGGUUCCAACUGCAUGGAUUGGGUGGCCAUCUUGACUUUUUUGACCCCUAAUGGCGGAGACCCCGGCAUUCAACAACAGUUUGGAGCCUCUCCGUUCUCCGAUGGUUCACCGGCUCUAUCCCUUGUCUGUACGGUUCUCCUCAGGAGCUGGCCGGAUGUCGUCAAAAUUGCAAAGAUGGUGGCCGCCACUGCCUGUCUUUUAUCGGCGGUGAUCAUUAUUUCGAUCGUACCCUGCAGAUUCCACUAGUUCCCGCAGAUUUGCCCAGUAAAAUGCGCUCGGCAGCACACUAGUCCUCUGCAAGGCACUCCCAAUUGCUCCGGAAGCCAGAAAUGUUGGUAUCCCAGGCAUAAAUGCAAUAUCUCUCAACCUUGGUGACUUACAAGAUGUGUGGACCACAAUUCCCAGAAUUCCCCUUACUGGGGAAUUCUGGGAAUUGAAGUCCACGCAUCUUUUAAGUCACCAAGGUUGGGAAACACAACAUAUUAAUGGGUUUUUCAGCAGGACCGCCGAUUUCUACGGCCCGCCGUUCAUUUUUACUGUAAUUUUUUUCAGUCCUUUGUCCUCCAAAAACAACAACUUUGCACAUGUGCCAAAUUUUGUUGCCAGAUGUGGUUUCUCCCUCUCUCUUUCUCCUCCCCCCCACCCCCCACCCUCUUCCUCAACCAGGUUUUUCUUGACACGGGCUUGAUGUUCGCCCUCAAAUGACAAAACUGCCGAGAAUUUGCAUCUCCGUCCGGUGAAGGAUGCGAAGGGCAAGUUUCGAACUGAGAGCACACCAGAAUGUACGGACGCUGUGCGGCAAAUUUGGCCAAGCCUGGAUGUGCUUGCCACCAAGUUUUUUAUUUAAACACACACACACCCAACAGAUUAACGUUAUUGAAGCCGUUAGCGCAGGGUCUGCCUAAUAUUUCUAAUAAAAACAUUUUCUUUCCAAAACUGGCUGGGUGUAUUGUGAUUGUCUGAAUUUGCUGUCCUUCCUCCUGACGGACACGUGUCUCCGUCAGGGGACACUUUUGAUUUUAUUUUCAUUUGAUGGGAUUCAAAGUGGUUCAGUGGCUAAGACGCCAAGCUUGUCGAUCGAAAGGUUGGCAGUUCAGCGGUUCGAAUCCCUAGUGCUGCCGCGUAACAGGGUGAUUUCCGGUCACUUGUCCCAGCUUCUGCCAACCUAGCAGUUCGAAAGCAGGUAAAAAAUGCAAGUAGAAAAAUAGGGACCGCCUUUGGUGGGAAGGUAACAGCGUUCCGUACACCUUUGGCGUUGACUCAUGCCGUCCACAUGACC